ACUUAGGCAUUUUUAUUUUUCAUUUUGAAAUAAGAAAAAUAUUACACAAAUGAAGGGAUGGAAGAAAUGGAAAGUGCUUUGCCAUACUUAAAUGUAGUGCAACAACCUUUAAUCUUUCGUUUGGUUUCACAGCAGCAACAUGUAACUGAAUUUAGAGUUGAACAAAAAAUCAGUUUUCACUCUCUGCUGAAUGUGUUAGAGGACUUUAUGAAAGCAUGUGGUGAAGCCAAACCAAAUUCAUUUGAGUAUGAAGAUGAAGAUGGAGAUCGAAUAACUGUUCGCUCUGAUGAAGAGUUAAAUGCUAUGAUUGAUUGGAACCAACACUGUUAUAACCAUAUGUGUAAUAGUACAAAUGGACUUUAUUAUAUGACUAUAUAUCCAAAAGUGGGUAAAACAGCAACUCGAAGAAAUACUUUGGGUCUUACAGUUGAUGUCAAUACACCAUUGCAUACCAACACAAAUUAUUCAAAAACUGCUUCACACAGCAGCCGAAAAUGUUCUGAAGGAGUUGAAACAAUUCUCAGUUGUGAAAAUAUAUUACAGGAAGAUCUUCAAUUCCUACAUGUCAUUGGUCAUGGAAAUGGAGGCACUGUUCACAAAGCAUUUCACACUGCAUUGAAAAAAACCUUAGCUGUGAAGGUUAUAUCAUUGGAUAUUACUUUGGAAGUUCAACGCCAGAUUCUUUCAGAAAUGGAUAUUCUUUUUCAAUGCAACUCACCUUACAUUAUUUCUUUCUAUGGGGCUUUUUUUACAGAAAACAAAAUUUCAAUGUGUACAGAAUACAUGGAUAGGAGUUCUUUAGAUAACUAUGGACAAAUACCUUCACAUGUUUUGGCAGGCAUUGUUGUAAUGAUUGUGAAGGGGCUACAAUAUCUUUUGAGUCUGAAGAUAAUGCACAGAGAUGUAAAACCCAGUAAUAUUUUAGUAAAUUCAAAAGGUCAAGUGAAAUUAUGUGACUUUGGUGUCAGUAUACAAUUGGUUAAUUCUAUUGCAAAAACAUAUGUUGGUACAAAUGCAUACAUGGCACCAGAAAGAAUUAUGGGUGAUGAAUAUGGAAUACAUUCAGAUGUGUGGAGUUUAGGCCUGUCUCUUAUUGAGAUGUCUACUGGAAUGUUUCCAUACCCAUUGACUGAUUCACAGCACUGCAUAGUACCACCUAUUGAGUUGCUUCAGUAUAUUGUUAAUGAGCAACCCCCGAGUCUUUCCACUGAACUAUUUGAUGACACUCUCAGGGAAUUUGUGGAGAGUUGUCUGAAAAAAAACCCUAAAGAACGGCCAACUCCUUUGGAACUUUCUCAAUAUCGUUAUAUUCUUCAAAAUGACACUGAAAAUUUAAACGCGCUUGUUGCUGAUUUUGUAAAUGGUUUUAAAAAAAAGCUUCCUGGUGAAAUGUUGUAGUUAUAUUUUGAUUUGUUUUUAAAAUAGUUUUUAUGGUUUUUGCUAUAUACUGUAUUUAUUAAUUUUAAUGUUAUAUUGUUCUUAAAAUUAAUGUCUAGAAAAGUGGUUCUUAAA